AGGAAAAAAAUCUUAGACCCACUGCUCAAUCAAUGAACUUGUUUUCAUAAUAGUUUUUGUUUUAUUGUUGCAAGUCUCUUAAUUUCGUCUUAUCCCUUUUAAAUAAACUUGAAGACGGGAGCACAAUUUAGGUUCAUGAAUUAACUUUCUUUCCACAUGAACCACCAUUAUAACAGUAUGUUUCCAAUUGUAGUAUAUUCCGCCAAAUUUAUCGAAGCAAAGCAUUGGCUCGUAACUGGGGAUGGCGAUGGGUACAUUCACAUGUACAGUUACGAUACGAUGGAAGAAGUCAAGAACUUCAGAGCUCAUGAGAACAAUAUCAUGUCUUUGGUUUUGCAUCGGAGUUUUCCUUUGGUGCUGUCUGCAUCUGAUGAUCACCUGAUUAAGCUUUGGAACUGGGCCAAGCACUGGGAAUGUACGCGAACAUUUAGGGGGCACUAUAAUAGAGUCACACAAGUGAUGUUUCGCCCGGGGUACACCUAUUGCUUUGCGAGUGCUUCCCUGGAUGGCAGAGUCAAGAUCUGGGACAUUAACUCUGAAAAUUGCAUCCACACGCUCAAUGCGCAUCCCGAUGGUCUGCUAUGUCUGCACUACCUCAAAGACAAACAACUUUACUAUGCUCGAUAUUUUCUGGUUGUCGGCUCUUCAGAUGGUGUUGCAAAGGUAUGGGAUUGGAACGAUGAUGAGCCAAACUAUGUUGGCACGCUAGAAGGACAUACAAACCGUCUCACUGCUUUUUGUUGGGACACCAAACAUGAAGUAUUAGUAACAGGUUCCCUUGAUGGGACCAUGCAAAUAUGGAAGCCGACUAGCACCAGAUAUAGACUUGAGAACAUAAUUCGCCUUAACCUCGGUGCAGUUACUGCACUUGCAUACACACAGGAAUCAACAAGGGUUGUGGUUGGAUGCCAGCAAGGAAUAGCAAUGGUAGAAAUUGAUUAUGUGUGAAGAUUCUAGUUGUGAGCAGAAGACUUUGCAUGCAGAAAGUUAAUUUUUAAAACUUAGUUUGAAGCAAAUUAUUAUUAUUGAGCCUUUCGAGGGUCUGAGAUUGCAAGGCUGAGAAUAACGAGAAUCUCUCAUAUAUAAUACGAUGUACAUAAUUGGAACGGGCAGAACAUUUUCAUGUACACAAAGGUUGUCGGCCUAAUUCUAUUGUGGCAAACACAAAGAUUAUCUCAUCAAUUAACUGAUCCACACAGGAGUUGCAAUGCGACUCCUUGCUUAUAUGCUUGUAUCCUUCUCCCCCUGCUCUAUUAGUCCAAACUCCAAACAUCUCACUGAACAAGUAACAUUUGCUGGGAGAAACAGGAUAGGAAACUAAGGCCUAGAAUAGAUUAUGGAUGUCAGUGUAAAAUUGGAUGAGAAAACACCACCAGGGAAAGUAACAAAU